AUGAACUCACAAAGACCUUUGACUUACAUCAUCGGGGCAGACAUAUACCUCGCACAGGAGAAGAACCUCGAGCUUUUCGUGCAAGUUGGCUAUGACGCCCUCGAUACCGGCGAUAACGGCAUCUCCGGAGAACCCGAUCCUGUCAAGCACCGCGAGGUAGCGAAGAAACUUGCUCCCGCUUUCAGCACAAGGAACCUUAAAGCAAAGGAGGUUACAGUGAAUGAGCACUUCGAUUUCUUCAUCAAGAAGAUGAAGACCUUGGGCGCAGACAAGAAGGGAGUAGAUAUGCGCAGCUGGUCAGACUGGUUGGCGCUAGAUCUCUCUGCGGACAUGACAUACGGUCGUGACAUGGGUCAGAUGCGAGACAGUAAGUGA